AUGGUUGGUUUUAAUAUUCGAAAUAAAGAUUCUGUUCCACGUUUUUGUAUAUGUGAGAAAUGUACGCUAUUUUUGCGGAAACCCAUUCGGUUAAAAUGUGGUCAUCGGUUUUGCCAAAGUUGCUUAAAUCUCAUUGAUUUACUGCUGUGCAAUUGUGUACAAUGUUGUACGGAAACAAUACCAGAUAUGGAUGAUGGAAAGAAUGUAGAAGAGAUGGAACUACAACCGGUUGUUUGUUAUGUCUGUGAUUGGAACGGUCUCUUUCGAGAUUAUCCUAAUCACUUAGUCACCAUUCAUGCCGUUCAACUAGAAGACGAGGAUGAGCAGAAACAUCAAAGUAUACCGUCACAACAUUCAUCAUCAACUUCGUUCGUGUCGAACAACGAACGAAAUAUCUCAAUCAGCGCUUUUUCUGACCAGUUGUGUGCCGAGACUGAUGACAUACAGCGAAUGAAGUCACAGUUAUCGCAAACUCAGCACUUAGUAAACGCUGUAGCGAAAGAUCUACUGCAUUUAAAACAAGAUACCGAAGAAACAGGAGCAUCUGCUAAAGUGUUUGCCGUUAAUCGACAAAUAUUUCGACAAUACAUAUAUUCAUUAGCUGAAGAGAUCAGUAACCGGUCAGUAGCGUCUUACGAUGGAACAUUCCUAUGGAAAAUUACGAAUGUUCAACAGAAUAUGAUGGAUGCAGUAAAAGGUAAACAUCCGUCAAUCUAUUCACCACCAUUCUAUUCCUCGCCAAAUGGCUAUAAAAUGAGGAUGCGUAUUUACUUGGACGGCGAUGGAAAUGCUAAAUGUAAAUAUCUAUCUGUUCUUUUCGUACUCAUGCGCGGAGAAUACGAUGCUCUUCUUUCGUUUCCAUUUAAUUAUAAAGUGACAUUUUGCCUUUAUGAUCAAUUAAGUCAACGCAGACACGUUAUAAGAUCAUUUCAACCAGAUACGCAGUCAACUAGUUACCAACGACCUCGCUUUGAUAUGAAUAUAGCAAGUGGCAUACAUGACUUUAUACCUUUAGAAACGCUUCGACAACCGAAUAAUCCAUAUAUUUGUGAUGAUACUAUGUAUCUGAAAAUUAUAGUUCACUUCAAUGAUUCACCGGAAGCGAUUUCGCAUGCUAUACGCUGUCUAAAUCUAAAUUCGGGUCUACCAAGUCAUACAUAA